AUGCUCCCCUUCCAUUCUUCCGCCAAAGUCGACAGCCUUCUGGCUCUUGACCCCUCGCCGGAGUACAUGAAAGACUUCGACAUGACCAAGUCAAUCCUUUUCAGGUAUAUCCAAGAUGAGAAGGACAAGCCGGACAUCAAAAUCUUGGAAAUUGCUGGCGACGAACACCAUCACUUCUUUGUCUGGAGUUUCAGCCGACCGAAGACAGAUUUCCACACUUCACCAGAUGGCCGCGUUGCUCUGUCUGGAGAAUUCGUUGCAGAAGACGACAAAUUUAACUGCACUGGAGAUGACGUAUCUAAGCUUGUCCACAUGCACAUGGCACGCACUGAUGAGCAGUUUUUCCAAGGACGUUCUCGUGUCACGUCUCUGGAAGAUACCCAGGAGAUGAAGGCGUGGCAGGUGAAGGUGCAUGAGCGAUUCAACUACGCCGUUGAGAGACAGGUGAAUCCCACGAAGGACGCCACUUCAUUCUAA